AUGGCGCUUCUCGCUAAAGACGAAAAGCAAAUUCGCCGCCGGCUGCAAUGCAAGAUGAACAUGCGAUGCCAUCGCGACCGCCGGAAGAGAUCGGCGCUGCAACUCGAAGCCGCCAUCGAUCAGCUGCACCGCGACGUCCAGCAAGCCCAGACCCGCCUCGCGUUCUACCACUCGCUCCCGUCGCCGUAUGAUGGUCCCAUGGCAAUCGUCGUCGAGUACAAAAAGCAGUUCAGCAUGUACGAGUGCGGCGACGCCCAAGUGCAAUUCCUGCGCACGUGCUUCUCGCCCAAUUUCACAGCCAACACCUUGUCCUUGGACGGGUUUAUAACGUUCUGGCAAAGGGCGGCUCCCGUGUACGCGACUCCCGACAGCCUGCUCAGCAUCUUACCCAUCGAGAACGACCGCAUCGAAAUGCAAGUCCAACUGCACACCCCGCUCACGAGGGACGUGCUAGGCCGAGUCAUGGUGGGCUACGACCUCGACGACGAAAGCCCCGACACCAUCGACGCGUUGGUCGCUACCAACACCACCAUAACCCAUGUACUCACGCGGACGUUCUUCUUCACCGAGGACGAAGCCACCGGCAGGCCGCAAGUCACCCAUUCGAUUGCCGUCGACGACAGAUAUGUCCAAUUGGGGCAGCUGCUCGAAAUAGCCCGUCAAAGCCACACUCAAUCCGCGGAAACUUCUUGACAGUUAAUAUAGUGCGCCUCCGGUUUCUUCUUUUACAUGUUAAUUCAAAGAAAUAUUUUC